GUCUGUGUGUGUGUGUGUGUGUGUGUGUGUGUGUGUGUGUGUGUGUGUGUGUGUGUGUGUGUGUGUGUGUCUAUUCAAACUGAAUUCUGUGCCGUGCGGUCCUGAGGUGAUAUCUGAGUCCGGCUCGGUCCGGUCACUCCCAAUCCUUGUACCAGUGUCAGACUGAACCGAGACGCUGUGCAGGGUUGGGGGGGGCUGUGCUGAGCUCUGCUGCUCUCAUGAACUCUGAUUGGUCCAUGACUUUGUCUGACAGACGUUUGAUUCCUUGUCUCUGUGUUUGAGCUCGUAGAUCAGACCUCCAGGUGUGAACACAUUAACCUCUGGUUGUCUGUUUCCUGUUCUCACUUCAUGUGUUCAUGUUUCAGUGCCUGUGCUCAUGUUCGAUGCUUUUGUCACAUUUCCUGUCAGGUACAGUAAAGUUGAAUUAAAGUUGAAAUGAUUUUGACUGGAGACUCCUCGUUGUCCCUCUCUGAUUGUCUUACUGUAUGAUGAGAGAAUAAUGUCUGAGUGUUUGAGAUACAGAGUACAGCAGGAUUACAUCACAUGAAAAGUUCAUAUCUAAAUGGACUGAGGCUGCUGAGUAAAGAGUCCAUCAGUAUUAACUCAUCCAUUCAUACACAUUCACAAACUGAUGAAGUUGAAGUUGAAGAUACAGAAACAAUCUCUCACCUUUUUUUAUUCUUAUUUAUCCAAAAGAUUCUGGAUCGAGUAACUGUUCGAUCCAGAAUCGAAACAGAUCUUCAAAAUAAAUCCACAAGAGUCUUUGUCAAAGAUUAGAUACGAGUCAAAGAUAAGACAGUGAGCUUUAAAGACAAGACAAAGACUGAUAACAAGUACAGCAGUACAACUUCAUAUGUAGUUAAACUAUCAUUCUCUAAACCUCAAAGUCGUGGUUUGUUACAAUGAUAAUAAAUAAUAAUAAUAAACUUUAUUACACUAUAGUCAAAGUUUUGAAAUUCUCAAAGUCACUGUUGAAAUUUUCAAUUUUUCAUUUAGAAUUCAAGUCCAUCAUUUAAUCCAAUCACUUCUUUUAACCAACCACAGAAAAUGAAUAAAAUGUCUGAAUGAUUAUGUCAGCUGUUCCCUGAGACCUGGAGGUAAAGAAUGAAUGACCUAUAUAACUACUGUUUGUGAUUUAAUCUGUCUUUAUUUUGAUGUGUUAGCUUCUAUUAGGGAUAAUAAUAAAAAAUCUGGUUUAUGUUGAGCUUUGUGUUGCUCCUGUUUGUUUUAUUCUGUGUUCACGUUCUGCUUUACAACCCUGUCUUACUAUAAGUAUCAACAACAACAACAACCUGUAAACUCGUGAACAGGAAGUGGUAACCGUAUGGGAACGCUGUUGCGUACCAUGGGCGCCCAAACGUCCUUUCUCCUCGCUCCUUUUGGGUUCUAUUGAUCUGUGUCCAUCUGUCCAUCUUCACGUUUUUUACAUCUUUUCCAAAUCCACUGCAAACUUUCUGAAACGUCAUCACGGUAAGCACGUCAACAUCUGUAGGCUCCAGGCUCCGCCCCCGGCUCCCUGCGCACACACACACAUACACACACAAAGAGAGAGAGACGGGACGGAGACACACACAGACACGGACAGCUGAGUGAAUCUGUCCGAACAGAAAGCAAAGAUGUCGUGUACAGAGCGCCUCCCCUCUGUCUCCUCCGUCUCCUCCAUCUCUCUGAUGGAGAUUAAAGCUGACACUCAGCUGGUCCUCAAAGCCUUCCUCCAUCGGACCCUCGCCCUCCCACUGGUGGAGCGGCCAGGCAGAGUGGGAGGAGCCUACGUAGACCACAACAAGUACAGGUUCAAAGCUCAGCCUCACUCGAAGGACAGCUGUGACUCACAGGCCGAGGACGUCAGCUCAGACGAGAAGAAACCUGGAUUUAAAGAUUUGAUCAAGCAGGUUCCUCGUAGAAAUACAUCCCGUAGAUCUGCUAAAGACUCUAAAGGAUCUCUGGACAGAGAGAACAGGACCAAACCAGGACAUAGCAGGGACCAAUUAAAGGUGUCCCCCUCCUCUUCAUCAGAUGGAGACGACGGGGAGAAGAGGCCGAAGAAGAAGCUGAACCCGAAGAGGAUCAGAGAGAGGCUGUCCAAGAUCUUCAGAUUGAGAAACAAAGACCGAGAAAGAGACAAAGAUGAAGACAGAGACGGAGACAGAGACAUAAACAAAGACGGAGGCAAAGUCCAUCCUCAGAGGCCCAGCAGUCUGUCCAUCAGAGGACCAGAACCUGCACCUUCCCUCAUCUCCCCCAAUCAUCCUCCUGAGUUUUACGAAGAAGUGGCAGAAAAACUGGAACAGAUCGCCCAGAAGUCCACCAGUAUAAAAAAACAAAGUCCAGCCCCCCAGACUUCACCUGUGAGUGAGAAAGAGAUCGUGGUCCAGAGGCUGGUCCAGGUUCUGUCUUUGGAGGGAGACUCUAUCAACACUAAGAUCGAGUCCGACCCCUUCCUGCGCUCCACCCUGACUCGUCUCUCUUAUCCGUCCUUCGCCAAACUGCUCGACACCCUCAGCAGCACUCAGGUGUCUGAGGCCCCGCCCCCGCCCCCCACUGCAAGUCCCUCUGCAAGCCCCACGCUUAAACGGAUGGCAGUGACCAUGGAGGUUUCAAGGAGGAUCGUCACGGCAACGGGAGCUCAGCGCAUGCAGGGCUACGCUGAGUGCUACAUGGAGACGUUUGCCCCCUGGGUGAAGAGUCAGGGAGGCUGGGAGAACAUCGUUGAACAGAUGGAGGAUCCUGCAGAGUUUGACUGAACAUCAGUCUGAUCUCUGGAUCAUUUCUCAAAGAGAGAGAUCUUUUCUCUGAGCGUCUCAAACAUGGAGUCUCCUAAACAUUACGCUCACUGGACGCUUCGCUCAGAGUUCAUCAUGCUCAGAGGUUUUAAAACUGCUGCAGUUACCGGGAUCAGCCACUAGGAGGAGCUGCUGAGGAGAAAGAAGAUGAUCUCUGCACUGAUUUCUUUUUUACAUAUGAUUGAUGUUUCUUUAAAGGUUCAGACGAACAUCUCCAUCAGCUGACACAAACUGUUUAAAUUGUUUUUGUUGUUUAUAUCGUUUAUGAAGGAAGACGAUUUAAUUUAUUUAUAGAGAAAUGUUUUAAUGUGGUAUGAAGAUGUAAAAAAGAAAUGUUUCAUAUUUAUAGUGAAGCAGCAGAAAUGUAAACGUAUUUUAUUUACAGCACAUGGAAACAGAAGUUGAUAUGUGUACAUGCUGAAUGUAUUUACAUCAUGUUAUUUAUUAGAGAGAUGUGAUGAAGUCACAGAAUAAUAAAAACACCUCAAACAUC